GAACCUUGUGUGUAUGUGUGUGGCGUGUGGAAUCUAUAAGGAGAAGGAAAAUCCUCGUUUUUGUCUUCACAUCUUCAUCUCAAUUUCAAUCUUAUUGUACGAAAUACCUUGAAUACAAUUAUCGAAGGAUCUGGUGGAUUCUUGUCCUAAAGCUACUUAGUUGGUGUCUGUACGUAGAUGCCAUUGUCAGCGUUUUCUCUUGACUUUUAAUGAAAAUUUGGUUCAAACUAUUCCUUUAUAUAUCUGUCUUCCCAUCAGCAAAACUUCAAAUACAUAUUCCCUCUACUCUCUCAGUAUCCGAAAUAGUGUCUCCAUACCAAACCAUCAUGGCCUCAGAUACUCUCCCUGAACGUCCAGCUCCAAUCGAUCUCCCAAGCCUUCCAGCACCUGUUAAUGAUUUCAUUUCCUACUUAUGUCAAAAUCCAACCAAAAACAUUUCAACCAUUGUUGAGCCGUACAAGGCCUAUGAAUCAGAACUUCGCAAAAUUUACGCCCAGCAACCUGACCAUGAAGCCAUCAAAGAUGGAGCUGUCAAUUUAGUUCCCAUCUUCUCUGGACAUGAAAGUGAUCUAAAGGUCCGCGCUAGAGAUCUCGAGAAUGAGUCUAAAGAAGAGUCAGAAAAAUACAUCAUGCCGUUGAAGGAAAAAGAACGUCGACCCAAUGGCUCACCAGCUGUAGUUGGAUCCAUCAAGGACUUUCAGACGAAUUUCAACCUUUUUUCCGAAUCUUCAUUGGCUGACCUUGACUGGAGCAAUAUUGUUGCAGCUGGUAGUGCCGUCACCACAUCUCUUCUUCCAAUCCCAGAGAAAUGGGCAGGGAGCAAGAGAGCCAUGAGAGAAUAUUAUCACGAGCAUUUGGCUCCGGCAUCUGACGUUGAUCUCUUUCUUUACGGACUUACCGAAGCUGAAGGAUUGGAGAAGAUUAAGCAGAUUGAGACUAAUAUCAAAGAUGCUAUCCUUCACGAGACAACUACGAUUCGCACAAAGAACGCGAUCACCAUUGCAAGCCAGCACCCCACUCGUCAUGUUCAAAUCGUCCUCAGACUUUAUGAUUCGAUUUCUCAGAUCAUCACUGGAUUUGAUGUGGAUUGUUCUUGUGCUGCAUAUGAUGGAAAGCAAGUUUACAUGAGUCCCAGAGCCGUCGGAUCAUUCAUUACACAAUGCAACACUGUUGAUUUGACCAGAAGAUCGCCUAGUUACGAAAACCGCUUGAGCAAAUACAGCCACAGAGGCUUUGAAGUCCAUUGGCCAAUGUUGGAUCGCUCAAGAAUUGAUCCUACCAUAUUUGAGCGCUCUUUUGGUCGCACCGAAGGACUCGCUAGAUUGUUGAUUCUGGAGAAGUUGCCAAAGACAGUUGAUAGGGAAAACUACAUGGACCAGCGCCGAAAAGAACGUGGUAGACCAUCUCUCAACAGAGGCUUCCGCAAUCAACGUAGAUUGUAUGGAAAUCUGAAAGAUCAAGAAGAGGAUGAGGUUGCAGAUUGGGCUGAACAGGAUGAGAUUGCCAACUAUCAUACCAUGACAGUUCCUUAUGGGCAGAAGUACAAUGCGGCAAAGAUCAAUCGAUUGCUGUAUGCCAAGGAUUUGCUUCUGAAUGCGGAAUGGAACCAAGACAAAGAUCGUGAAGUUUAUCUACAUCGUCACCCAUGCUUUUUUGGCACGGCAGAAGAAGUCCUUCAAGAUUGUUGCGGAUACUGUCCAGUCCCUACCACUGACAAAGAGAAGGAGGUCGCUGAGAAGGAAAGCAAGAACAACGUCUCGGGCACUCUCAAGUUUAUCACAGACGACCCCGGUCGCCAGGAAAUUGGAAGCUUCAAUCCUAUAAAUGACGAUGAGUGGACCACUAUGAGUUAUGUCGGUGAUACAGCACGCCUGUGUCAAGCUAUCGUGGAUGGAGAUCUGGAACAUGUUCAGGAUUGGUGUUCCCAAGAAGGUGUCGAUGUCAACCGCCGAGACUUCACUGGUCGCACACCUUUACACUUAGCCACUAUGACUUCCACUCCAGAGAUUGUUAAAUGUCUUGUCGAUCAUGGAGCCAGAAUGAUUGCUAGACUUGUAGAUGGCAGAACAGCAUUACAUAUUGCAGCUGCAAGAGGCGAUCUUGAGAUGAUUCGCAUACUCCUGAAUAAGAGUAUGGCCAAUGAAGAGGAGGAGGAAGCGAAGGAGUCUCAUAAAUUUGCAGUCACUGGAUCUGAAAACGAAGAGGAAUCGGAUUCUGCAUCAGAGAUCACCCUCGAUAGUGAACAAGAGGAAUCCGAUGCUCUGACAAUGGGAAGCUUUGUCAAGAUUCCAGGAAACAAGGAUGAAGCUAAGGAUGAUGUUGCUGCAGUUAUGGACGACUCUAUGGAAGAUCCUGACAUCUAUGACAUCAAUGUCAUUGCUUGGGAUUAUGGUCUCUCUCCACUUCACCUCGCAAUUCUCAAUGGUCACAUCGAUGCUAUUAAACUUCUCGUCUCGGAAUAUGGUGCCGAUGUUCUCUUUCCUGUCAAGCUAGUAGAAGCCGGAACUACCAAUCCUAGAGGGGCAAUCAUGACUUUGGUUCUAGCAAUGUCUCUCCCCAAAGAAAAGUCAAAACAAGUGGUGGAAGUACUGUUGAAUCUAGGGGCAACUUCUGCUCAAUCGGAUACAAACCAUUUCACAGCCCUUCACUACAUUGUCGCUCAAAACAAUACCGACAUCUUGGAGGUUUUGUUUGCUCAUGAUCAACCAGCCGCACAAAGAGUGAUCAAUAAGAUCGGAAUGACAGGAAGUCACGGGUCGGCUGAUACACCACUUUCUACUGCCAUAAAGAAAAGCUAUGGAGAGAUGGCAUCCAAACUUCUGCACUUAGGUGCACAGCCUCAGUUUGAAUUUGAUGAUUGGGUCAAAGUUUAUACAGGCAUGAACACUCAUGCUAAAAAGCAAAAUACGGAGACCAACAUGAAACGAUUUCAAGAAAGCGCCGAGCAACCCAUUAUUGCUGCUAUCUGUAAAGAGAUGGGUGCUGUUGUUGGGGAUCUUAUUUCGAACGGUGCCAACCCCCAGACUCUCACGACUGUUGCAUGGUCAGUGGUAAAUAAUCCUGAUAUGCGAAAUUACUAUCACUACAGGAAAGAAUCUAUCCUAGAUGUCAUUCAACACAAAUUGCAGACGCUUCGAGAAUGGAAGGAGCCUGUGUAUAAUCAAUGGCAAUAUCAACCAGAAAAUCUCAAAUCAAGGAAGCCGGAAAUUCUUCAAUCUGAGACUUUUUACACGACAGAUCUGGAACCGGGUACCUAUAAGUACUGGACAGCCUUAAAAGACUACCAAUAUGAAAAAUACCAGAAUAAAUUGAAACAUGAGAACUACGAGAAGCUGCUUAAAGAUAAAGAGACUGAACUUGAAAAGUACAAGAAUGAGCGCGAAGCAAUCGGAGAAGCAAUCAAAGAUCUCGAGCAGGCUGAAAAGCUCCUCACCGCAGCUGGGGCAAAAUCCUUCACUGAAUUGUAUCCCGAUAUUUCUGAAUCCUCCGAGGACCAUGGUAGAUCUAGGCGUCACAAUCGCCACGCAGUAGCACCAGAACCUUACAAGACACAUUUUACUUUCAAUGUCCCGGACCUCAAUGAUGGGAAGAGACAGGGUUAUUUUAUGUUGUUUGAAGCUGCUUGGAACAAUGAUCUUGAUACCAUCAAGAAUUUGACACUCGGCCCUUGGAAGUAUGAUAACGUUGAAUAUCCACCUCUCAGGAUUGCGGUCCGCGAUGGAAAUGAGUUUAUGCCUUUCUCUAUCGCCGUUUUGCGCGGACACUAUGAUCUUGCACGUAGAAUUGUGGAGAUUUGUCUUGCUCAAUAUCAUAACGAAGAGGAUGAGGAUGAUAAGAAAGGACGUCAACGCUGGGGCAUUACGACUUCUGAUGAUGAUGAUGAUGAUGAUGGAUCGGAUGAUCUGCCUAUCUUUUCUGAACUGGUUACUGACAAGUUCACGAUUGAUACCCUUGAGGAAGUUUCCAACGUUGUCAAAGGCGAUACACUCCCUUUGACUAUGAUUCAAUGGCACUGUUCAGCGCACCGAUCCAUUGAAAAUGACGAGAACUCCGGAUCAAGCACGACAUUUACUCUAUUUCAACAUGCUGUUGAGCAGGACGAUUUUAAAAUGUUCAAAUUUCUUUUAGACAUUGCAAGCGAGCAGAAAGCUUUGAUGGCUAAACAUGAGGACGAUCAGCGAUUCUAUAGUUUGGAUGCCUCAAUUUUCAAUGUAGCUCUCUCUAAAGGUAGAACUACAAUGAUGGCCGAAAUGAUCAAACACUGUGGGGCUGGUGUUCCACUUGGGACUUUAGUCUCAUCCAGUGGUGUAGAGCUCAAGACAAAGCCAAGAUAUUAUGAAGGUUUGUCGAUUGGUGGCAAGAAACGAAAGGAUUGGGCACGACCUCCUGCUCACACCCGAACUUAUAAUCCAUUCGAGCGUCAGUUUCCACCUUUACUUGAAGCUGCACACAUGGGCAACAUUGAAUCUGUUGAGUGGUUCAUGAGUGAUGCUCCAAUGAGACAUUACAAAGAAUUUGCUGAGAGAAACAAGGAUGAUCUCAGAAUCCGAACGUUGGAAUCAGGGAAAGGAUUUGAAAGCGCCAUUUCAAAUUGGCUAGAGAUGAACAACGAACUGCUACUACACGUCGCCAUUCUUCAUCACCCGCCAACAGACAAAGGAGAAAUAAAUCACCUCAAUCUUGUCAAACAUCUUGUUUCCGUUCUUCCUGAUUCGGCUCUUUCAUUGAAAUCUGUUCAGGGCUUUUCGCCUCUUCAUCUCGCUGUUAGUAGAAAAAAUAUUCCAAUUAUUGAGUAUCUUCUUUCAGUUGGCGCCUCGCCUCGCUCUCGGGAUAGACAGAACCGGAAUAUCAUGCAUACUCUUGCAGCUGAUGCUAGAUCCGUGGAUAAAGAGACAAUCUCCUCUUUGGAAUCUAUCAUCAAGCUACUUGACAAAAAGGAUGUUCAAGAAAUGUUACUCGAGAGAUCGGAUGACUAUCCGAGCGCAGUUACGCCUCUAGCUUUAUGGAUGAGCAAGGCUAAACGCCAUGAUAGCGUUGAUUUUAUAGAACUACUUCUCAAGUAUUCUACUGGCGAGGAGCUAGAGAUGAUUAACGGAGAGGGUGAUCUACCGUUACACGUUGCAAUCAAAAUCGAUAGACCGGACUUAACAUCCUUUCUCCUUCGCCAAAAACCCACUCUCCUAUAUCGAGAAUCGGCAACUGGUCGUACACCCCUCGAAAUGUCUCAUGAUAACUUUAUCUCAAAUUUCAUCUCUAACCCUCCAUCCGUUUACGACAAUUGGCAUUAUCAUCCGAAUAAUGCUGAUAGGGAUACAUUGAGUGCGUAUCGCGCGAAACAGAAACACGAUAUGACCCAAAAGUAUGAAACACAUUCUAUGAUCUGGGAGGAAUGUUUGAGGGUUCAGGGAGAUUUGAAGAGAAAGUUUGAUGAUGAAGAUGGGAAUGGUGAGGGUAAGACAGAGAGUAUGUUUACUGGAAAGAGACGACUAGUCAGUUUAUUUGAGGCGAACGAAGUGGCCAGGAGAUUGGCGGGAAGUCAUAAGGGAAAGGGGAAUGUGUCUAUGUACAUGGAUGUAGUUGGUCAGUGGAUGUGAUUUGCUCGAAGAUGAGAGCUGAAACUGUGCAUCUGGUAAUGAAUUGGGAUGGCAAGUUCUUGUGGAUGAUUAUUGCGUAUGGAAUAUGAUACAAGUUUUUAUGAGAUAUUAUAGUAUAGUAUAGUUGAGCUAUCUGGCUGACUUGAUAUGGGAUUUCUGUCAUUCAGAGCAUAGCUAGUACUAUAAAAUGUAAAAACAUUACACA